GGUGGUGAUCUUCACCAGCUUUCGUCCGGCCAGAUCAGCAAGCUAAUUAACAUCAAGUACCAUGGAGAUGCUACUCUUCUCAUCAAGCAGUUGUCUAUGGAUUUGGCCCGCAAGGAGUCGGAAUUGGCUAUCCUAGCGAAAGAGAAGUUCUCCAACGAACAGCGGUUGAUCCGGUUGUGCAACGAGUAUGGUAACUUAUCCACCUUGGAAAUUCAUCAUAAGUUGAACGAGAAAAGCGAGCCAGAAGACCACCACCAUCAUCACAGGUGGAACGAAAAAGAAGAACUGCGUGAUGUGACACAGCACCAGGAAACUGGCCUGGCUGACGAGAAGACGCAGCCAAACAAGAGCUGGUUACGUAAUUGGUUUAACUCAACAGAAGACCUCACCACCACUGGGUUGACCCUGAGUGUUCUCCUGGUGUCGUCUUCAUAUACAAAUCUCGUCCAAGGCCCUACCAAGAGUUACAACAGGCCACACUCCAGAUCAUUGACUCAGCUCAAACGAGCCCCAGAACCUAGUUCUUCCACGAUAUCUGAGAAAGACCCUGUUGAAAUGGAAAAUAUUCUUAUCAACGGAACUUAUAAAGAAAAGGACCCUGUGGAUUCGCUACCUGCUGAAGAUUUACACAUAGACAAAUAUGGCUUUUUCACAGACAUUGAACCUAUCAAGAAACUGGCCACUGUUAUUCGGUCCAGCCUGACAAGCUCAGAUACUACCUCCGAACUGGUUACAUUCAAGUCACCUCUGCAGACAAUACAUCAACUCAAGGAAAUUGGCAAAAUCCAUGACUCCAUCAGCCUUCAGUUUGAGCACCAGUGGGAAAUUUUGAUGAAAGAAAUCGAAAAGGACUUCUUCGCAUAUUCUAAAGAUAAAGGGAUCGAUGUGGGCAUAGAUAUGAUGAUAGGCAUGAAAGGAUUGAAUCUUAUUGAGUUGGACAAUUUCAAUGAUAAGGGGUUGAUCAAGGGAAAAACCGAUUACUACAAUAGAUUGGUUAACUUAACCACCCUGUUGGGGAUACCUUCAAAAUUUAGGUUCAAACUUUGGCUACAACUCUCAGGCGCCAAAAACUUAAGAGUGAACGGGGAGUAUAAUGAAUUGCUCAACGAAGCUAAAUAUCACGAGGGGAUUGCAAAUAAUAAUAAAGAGGACAACAGUAAAAUAGACAACAGGCUGAAAAUCAUCAAUCAUAAUAUUAAGCAGAUAAAAUUAGAUUUACACAGAACAUUGCCGCGAAAUUACUACUUCAAUAAUUUAAUUGAACUAAAGCCGGGUCCCAAUUACUAUAAGUUGCAAAGAAUAUUGUAUGCUUUUGUUGCAUAUAGACCUGAUAUUGGAUACCUCCAAGGAAUGAAUAAAAUUGUGGGUAAUUUACUCCUUUUGCUCAUUAAAGGCGGAGGCUCGAAUGCAAACUUAGAAUCGCAUGACCGGUAUGACGAGGAAGACGUAUUUUGGAUCUUCAUUGGGUUAAUAGAAGAGAUUCUUCCGAAGUACUCACAUAAAAUUGUACCGCAUGAAGCAAGCCCCAGUCUUACUUUAGAGCAAGAUGAGUCUUUUUACAACUCUCUCCUAAGUAUUCGUGUUGACCAAAUAGUCAUGAAGACUUUCUAUUUGGACCAAAUGCUCCCAAAACUUUCACUGCACUUUAGAAGCAUUGGAUUUGAAAUUGAGCUAGUGACAAUGAAUUGGUGGUUGACCCUUUUCAUCGAUUUGAAAUUUCUCGACUUGGAUACAUGGUUCAAAGUUUUUGACAAUCUUUUAAUUGGAGGAUUUAAGGAGCCAAAUUCAGCUCCAAUCGAUGAGCCACAGAAUGACAGCGAAUUGGUACAGCAUUCGGUAGAAGAAAUCAAAAAGGCGAUCAAAUUAAUUACUCUAACAUUGUCCAUCUUAAAGUGUUUGGAACCUACCAUUUUGAGCAUGAGUGACAAGGACUCAUUAUAUGAACUCUUGAACAGC